CCCAUCGUGUUCUCGCCUCCAAACCCUUCUCUUUUCAAAAAUGGAGGAAAACGGAAAUAGAGCUGAAGCCAUUCGUCUUCUAGGAAUCGCCGAGAAGCUUCUCCAAAGUCGUGAUUUCAACGGCUCAAGAGACUUCGCAAUCUUAGCCCAAGAGACCGAACCGCUGUUGGACGGUUCCGAUCAGAUCCUAGCCAUCGCUGACGUCAUCCUUGCAGCUGAGAAAAGAGUAAACAAUCACCAAGAUUGGUACUCCAUUUUACAAAUCGAUGGCCGAUCCGACGACAACGAUCUCAUCAAGAAACAGUAUCGUCGCCUAGCUCUCCUUCUUCACCCAGACAAAAACAAGUUCCCUUUCGCCGACCACGCGUUCAAGCUCGUUGCUGAUGCGUGGGGAAUUUUAUCUAACAGCUCGAAAAAAUCUGCUUACGACAGAGAAUUUAGCCUGUUUACGAGGAUAGAUUUAAGCAGCGGCGACGGUCGUUCGAAUCCUGCCGGGAAAUUACCGGUCACGAGAAGAGGCCAAAGUCAGGAGCAUGAGCAAUAUUGGACGCCAAAUGCGAAUACCCAAAAUGAGAAUCAAAGGUCGAAAAGUUCUACAUUUUGGACAGCUUGCCCGUACUGUUACAGGUUGUUUGAGUAUCCUGGGGCUUACGAGGGUUGUUGUUUAAGGUGCCAGAAUUGUGAGAAAGCUUUUCACGCGGUUGAUAUUCCAACAUUGCCGCCGCUGGUUCCGGGGAAGGAAGCAUAUUACUGUUGCUGGGCGUUUUUUCCUUUGGGAUUUGUGUCUGGAAGUCCGGAAAGUAAAGAAAAAGCCCCCGCCGGCUUUCCGAAUUGGAUGCAUCCCACAUAUUCUAAAGUGCCGACGCAUGAGGGAGAAAGAAAUGGAGGCAACGAGCAAGCUACACCAGUCACAUCGUUUGCGGCACCGCCGCAGCCUCCCCCUCCUAUGACCCCUGCAGUGAAGGUGGUAGAAAGUACGAGUACUGCUGGUGUGAUUUCAGGUGGGAAUGUGUCCAAGUCGGGAUCAAAGAAGAGAGGGAGGCCGAGGAAGAUUCCUCUGUGAGGUUUGAUUGGAACUUUUGAGGCAGUUCUGGAGGAUAUCGGUGAACUGACAAGGAAGAAUAAGGCCGAUGCUGAACCAUUGUAACGUUUGGGGGUCAAAUAUGUAGGUAUUGUUGUAGUUGUUAAUCGUUUUGUUUGUAGAUUGUUUUCAUGCACUGACUAGCUCGACAUAGGUGAUCAUUGUAACACUGAUAUAUAUUCAGCCUAUGUCAAGUCAGAAAGUUCUUU